UCGAUUGUCACGUGAUUAAUUGUUGAUUCGUUUGUUUAUUUAUUUUGUAUCCGACUUGUUACAAUAUUUGAAUUUUCAUUUAAAAUGUCUUCAUCAGAACCUGAACAUUGUCCCGGUAUCGAUUCGGAGCAGGCAGGAAAAUCAGCCGCUUGUGCUGGAUGUCCUAAUCAAGGAGUAUGUUCCGGUGGUGAAUUACGAUCAGCAGCCAAAGAUACAGAACAAGAUUAUUAUGAAAUAGCAAGGAAAUUAUCAUCGAUCAAACACAUCAUAAUUAUAAUGUCGGGAAAAGGUGGCGUUGGCAAGAGUACAGUAGCCACCCAAUUGGCUCGUUUUAUUGCAUUCAAUGAUUCCGAAUCUAAUGUUGGUCUAUUAGAUGUCGAUAUUUGUGGUCCAUCGAUUCCGAAAACGAUGGGCGUCGAAAAUGAGGAAAUAUUCAAUUCAGCAUCUGGUUGGUCACCUAUUUUUGUUGAAGAUAAUCUCGCAGUCAUGUCAUGUGGUUUUUUGCUUGAAUCAUUGGACGAUGCUGUCAUAUGGCGUGGUCCACGAAAGAAUGGAAUCAUUAAACAAUUUUUGCGAGAUGUAGAUUGGAGUGACGAACUUGACUAUCUAAUAAUUGAUACACCUCCAGGUACUUCUGAUGAACAUUUAUCGUUGGUGAGUUAUUUGAAAUUCUGUCAAAAUGUUCGUGGAGCUAUUAUGGUAACAACACCACAAGAGAUUGCUCAAAUGGAUGUACGUAAACAGAUUGAAUUCUGUCGUAAAGUUAAAUUGCCCAUAAUUGGCUAUCUGGAAAAUAUGUCCGUAUUCGUAUGUCCAAAAUGUUCGAAAGAAAAUUACAUUUUCAAAUCUAAAUCAACACGACCAUCAACAUUGGAAGAAAAAUAUGGAAUCAAAUUAUUAGGUCGAUUACCGAUUGAUCCAAUAAUUGGUAAAAGCUGUGAUGAAGGCAAAUCAUUGUUCAAUGAUAAUAAUAAAUUACUUGAUAAUCGAAUUCAUCAGGCAUUCGAAGAUUUAUGGAAUAAUUUGUGUAAAGAAAUUAAUCAAUCAAAGGAAUAGAUUACAAUUACAAUCAUGUUUAAUUUUAUUAAAACUUUUCAUUUGUCA